AUGACUGCCCCCGUUACGAACGUAGAUUCACUAAUUAAUUUACCGACUAAAAUAGCCGAAUUAUUACAGACUGGAGAUGAUGCAAAAUUAACGCAUUCUGAGACUUGGCCAUUACUUCUUAAAGAUUUAGAAGAAAUGCACGUUAUGUCUACGAAGUAUACGCCUACACCAUUUGGAUAUACACCCGAAAGCCGGCCCAUUGAUAUCUAUAUGCAGUACGGAGUGAUUAAUUUGGACAAGCCUUGUAACCCCUCUUCUCAUGAAGUUGUAUCUUGGGUUAAGAGUAUCUUUAAGUGCGAAAGGACCGGACACAGUGGUACAUUAGACCCGAUGGUUUCCGGGUGUUUGCCCAUUUGCUUGAAUAGAGCCACUAGGAUAGCCAAAGCACAGCAGAAUGCCGGGAAAGAGUAUGUGGCAGUAGUGCAUUUUGAUGAGGGUAUAAGUAAGGAGCAGUUUCAGGAGGUGCUUAAACAGUAUGUAGGUCCACAAUUACAACGGCCACCCGAGCAAUGUGCUGUUAAACGGAAUCUACGGAUUAGAACCGUAACGAAGAUUGAGUACUUAGACUUUGAUGCUAAGAAACAGUUAGGCAUGUUCCGAGUGGCUUGUGAAGCUGGAACAUACAUUAGAUCGCUUUGUGUGCACUUGGGAUUGCAUUUAGGAGUUAAGUCUGAGAUGGUUGAUUUACGCCGAACUAAGAGUGGAAUUGUUACGGAGGACAACUUAGUAACAAUGCAUGAUGUUUUAGAUUCUUACUAUCUGUAUAGCCAGAAGAGAGACGAGCGGUACUUGCGAUCGGUAGUUAAGCCUUUAGAAAGUCUGCUGGUUAACUAUCCCCGGAUUAUUAUCAAAGAUAGUACUAUUAAUGCUCUUUGCUAUGGCGCACAGCUUACCACCAAAGGAAUUCUUCGUUAUGAUAACUUUAACCAUCAAGACCUUGUGGUCCUAGUCUCGCCCAAAGGAGAAGCUAUUGCUUUGGCUGUUGCUCUAGUAACGGCCCCGCAACUAAGUAUGAUGGAGCACGGCCAGGUCACUCGUACUAAACGAGUUAUUAUGGACAAGGAUACUUACCCCCGGCAGUGGAAACUCGGUCCAGGCAACCAUCCACAAGAGGAAGAGGAGACCAAGACCGAUGAUAACACUGCUCCGGCCAGUUCAUCAGAGAAGGAAGCAGACAAACAGUCCGAAAAGCCAGCCGACAAAUAUUCUUCCUUCACCCGUUCCCAUUCAAACCGGCCCCACCAGAACAAGUCCUUUAAAUCCUCUAAACCCUCUAGGCCCAACCGCUACACCAAUUGA